AAACCCUAGUUCGUCGUCCCACACACUGUCAUCAUCCCAGAUCAGUCCCGCCUCUGCCUCUCUUCCUUUUUAAUUUUCGAUUGUUUGUUCUCUGCAAAUUCAUUAGAAAAAAAAGCCUCUUUUCCAAAAUCGCCAUGAAUCUCUCUCAAAUCCGCAGUUAGGUCAGGUCCGCCGAAUAUUCUUUCGGUUUCUGAUCGUUGUUCAACUUUUAGUCAUCUCUGUUUAUCAUCUUGUUCAACUUAGUUCUGCCCCUUUUGCCUGUGAUGGCAUUAAAUAUACUUUGAAUUUUCAAUGUAAAUAACCUAAAUCUGAGGCUAUUGGCAGAGUUUACACAUUAAUUCAAUUUUCCUUACACUUGUUUGAAAGUUAUAUAUUUAGUCUAUUACUGGAUUUCUAAUCUUUUAAUAAUUUACUUGGAAUUUUAAAAGACCUUUCUUCUUUUUGCCUUCAUCCUCACUUAUUUCUUAGGCUAUUGUGGUCCUCAGAAGUCGGCAAUAACUUCAUCAUCGCUUCCAGGCUACUCACGAUUCCGAGGGCGGUUGCGGAACCGGAAUUCUCCCCGAUGAGCACGAUCGGGAGAUUCGAACACGCGAGUUUCGGGAGGAGUUUCCACAAGGACAAUGUCACCCUUCCGGACGCCGAUGUCGGAAGAAUAUGGAAUUGGGGGAAAACACGAGGACAACGGUCUUUGAUUUGAUUGGGCGUCCCUCUCUCUCCGAUUGAAGUCGUCUGUCUCCGAUUGAAGAUGCCUUCGUCUGGUUCCGUCUCCCGCUCCUCGAUCGAAGAAAAGACCCAACAAUCAGGAAACAAGCUCUGCCUUUAUGACAAGCCAAGCAGCAUGACUUCUGCUCUACUUUACAGCUUCCUAACUGUAUGCUCUGUCUUAAUUUUACUAUCCACUUCUAUCUCACUUACCCUUUGCACAUUUAAUCUCUGUAAAUAUUAGCUGUGAAUGAAGAGAUAAAAGUUUGUCGAGAAGAGAAAUAACCUUGGAAAUUGCACUAUCUUUUCUUAGAUAAAAAUCAAGUUUGACAGAAUAUAAUAAUCCAAAAAUGGGGGCUCUGGUACUAAAUGAGAAAGAGAAGUAGAAUGAGAAAGAUGUAUUUACACUAUAUGGUAGGGGUCUAGCAAAUAGUAAGUUCAUCCUUAUGCUUAAAAGGUUGAUGGUGGAUACAGUUUUGGUAUAUUUAGCCAAUACACCAACAAAAAUUGUUCUGGAUAAAAAUAAUACAAUGCAUAGUGGUGAUUGACUCUGAAUACUUUAGAAGAAACGUUGUCCUUAACAUUUGUGAGUAGCAAAGUUGCAUAUGGACCCUUUGAGCUACAACCAAAUAAAGAUUGCAAUUGUACCUUCAAGUUCAGAGAGUUGAGAUGAAUGGGUUUCAUAGAACUUUUAGGUAUAACCACAUUGGAAGUAUUCUAAUUUAUUGAAAAAAGUAUUAGGAUUGGAAAAAACAAAAUAGUAGUGAAUUUAAAAAAAACAUGAGAAUGAGCAUAUAUGUUUAACAUAUGUAUAUGUUUAUCAAAUGAUUAUAAGCUUAGAUGUUUUUUUCUACCAUAUGUCUUUGUUUUUUCAAAUAAAACUCACUUUCAAGCUUAUAUAUGUCAAGCUUCGCUUGACAUAUAACCCCCACUCAUACGAAAUCGAUCGCUGAAGUCAAUCGGAAGAGGAAUUGAAAUUCCUCGGCAGUUAGGCUACGGUGAAGUAUUUAAAGAGAAAUUAAACACCGGUUACACAUCAAUAUGGAACAUAGGGUCGCGAACACCUUUUCCAGGUUUCCAGUUGUCCUCUUCAGGCUUCCGGGGUUAAGGUGAGAGAAAUUUAAUUCAUUUAGUGGGUCUAGGUGUAUUUACUUGCAAUGAAAUUCAAUUAUGAACGUGAGUGCCUUUUGGGUGUAGGUUCUUAAAAAUUGACUAAAGAGCAAAGCAGAGGAAAACCAUAGGACCCGGGUGCAUUUAUGUUGAUACAUCAAAGUUUUAAUUCUGCAAUCUGUUUUUAGGUUUUCUCUCAUCCAUCAAUAAUUAUUAUUAUUAGUAUUAUUGUUAUUGUUGUUGUUGUUUUUGUUGUCGUUGUUAAUUAUAAAAUACAAAUGUAUUUGUAAUAUAAGAAAAAAAGAAGUCCAAAAUGUGCAUAACAGAAUUGGAUUAGGAUCAACCCGGUUUGACCUUCCAAGAUUUGGUGAUAGAGAAUAAAGCUUCUUAGAAGUGAUCCAAGAUGUUUUUAAUUGGUUUGGUUUUGAAAUAGCAUGUUAAUGUUGUUCUUGGUCAGCUGAUAUUUCAUAGCUACCCAGUUAACUUCUUUAUCUUCUUGAGUUGUAUUUAUGCUUCUUAUUUUUUAAAUUCAUCUACUUUUACUUUAGAAUUCUGACACACUGGUCGCAUAAACAGAUAAGUAAGGAGAAAUCAAUGACACGUGUGGAGGACAAACGGAUGUUCAAAGAGGCCAUUGGAGCUAAUAAGAAAAGCAUCUUCAAGACUUUUCAUCUCAAGGUAUAAUUAAAUUUCCAGACACAAAAGUCGGUGUCCUCCCUCUUGAGAAAUAAUUUUGCUACUAUUGU